AAAAAUCAUUAAUUAAUUAGGUCAAUUAAAUUGUAGUAGUUAAUAACAAAAUAUAAAGAAAUGGACUAAAUAGCGCAUUAGACAAUUUAAAAUUGUUAAAAGCAUUCUAAUAAUUAAAUUUCUUUUUUAAGAGUGAAUUAAAUAUCAGAUUAAAAUGAAGCUUAAAUCUUUUAUUGCAUUGAUUGUGUAGAUGAUGAUCAUGAUUUUAAAGGAAUUGAUUACAUUUAGAUUUAAAAAAUAAUCCAAUAGCCUCAAUCUUAAAUUCUUCAGAAAUGGCCUCCUGUCAACGACAAUACAAUAUUAUAGAAGUUAUUAUAGUAAUAUUAAAAUUCUGAUACCUCAAACUCUGUUGUUUAAAGGAUUACAAAAUACUUUACUGAGCUUAAAUAUGAAAUAAACAUUAAAAUUGAAAAUGUCCAAAAGAAAAUUCUUAAACAAGCUCUUGAAAUUUCUUUUGAAAAAGAACAAAUCCUAUAAUAAUACAAACAAAUAUCGCAGAUUGACAAACUUCAAUAAAUAUUUUAAGAAGGAAAAUAGCAUUCUUUUGAUGUUUUAAAUAAUUAAUGCAAAGCUUUUCUAACAUAAAUUUAAUCUUAAAAAGAAGAAAUUAGUUUGUAGCUCUAAAAUCUACUUGAUCAGUGCUGUAAAGUUAAAUAAUAAGCUGAUUUUGAUACCCCUAACAAAAUAAGAAUAGAAAUAUCUUCUUUGCUGGAAAAUAUUUAUUUUUUUCCUUAACUUAAUUAAAAUAAUAUUAAUUUAAAUUACAGUAACUUAGAAACUAUUAUGCAAUUGGUAUCAAAUAAAUCAAAUUUUUGUACAUGUGAAUUCUUAGAUUCCCUUAGAAAAAAUCUAGAAAAAUUAAACCCCUUUAUUGAACAGAUGGAGUUCGUAAAUAUAUUUUAGCAAGGCAGGGAACCAAUUAAGUUCCAAGAGAUAAGUGAGACAAAAUUUGAAGAAAUAAAUGAGUUUAUGAAUCAUCUAAUUAACUUAGAAAACAGUUAAUAAUAUUCCUAAUAAAUUUAAUAAUCUGAAAGAAUAUAAAAUAUUUGCAAGAUUUUAGAGAAUAAAACAAAUUUUAUCAAUCAAAACACAAUUUCAUUUUUGAAAGGUAUUUUUUCUAAAUGCUAUCCUCUAAUGAAAAGCAUUGAUCAAAUAUAAAUAUGUGAUUAAUAAGAAGAAUUUAAUUGUUUUUAAGAAUUAUCUGAUGAUUCACUUUAACAUCUAAUUAAGUUGAUAAAUUUGAAAAAGUAAUUUGAAAUUCGAAAUAACUUUGAUGAAAGUGAAACCAAUGCCAUUAGACAUUAGGCAAAAAGAUUUCUUUACGAUUUUAAACAAAAUGAAUUAGAUUAAAUUUUAAAAACAUUUCCUGUUUUUGAUUUGAUACCUAAAGAAAAUAAAACUAAUAUACUGAGAAAUAUCGAAUUAGUAAAAUCUGAUUUUGUAGAUGGUGUUUAGAGAAUUUAAAUUGUUAAAAAUAGUGAUGAAUCUAUUGAAGCUUGGAUAAAUUAGUAAUAGUACAGUGGAAAAUAUAAAAAUUAUGCACCAAACUGUAUUUGGGAUAGUUCUUUAGAAAAAGAAAAAAAGUAUGUAUUUAGAAUAUAAUUUAAUGUAAACAAUGAAAAUAGUACUAACUUCAUUUUAGGAUUAAUGCAAAAAUCUGAUUUUAAUCAAAAUUAUGGUUACAAAAACAAGCUUUCUUGCUGUUUAAAAUACGAAUAAAGAUAAAUUAAGUAUAAAGGCGGAUAUGGAAUAGAUAAACUCACAAAAGGAGAUUCAUUUAGAUUAAAUAUGGAAGAUAUGAUAGAAAUGAGAGUUUGGCUAGAAGGAUAAAUUUUAGAAAUAGUAGAUUUUCCAAAUUAUUAGUAUAAAUUAGAAUUAAAAGAUGAACUCAAAAAUAAUUUAAUUGAUCUUAAUGAUCUUAAUCUUUAUUUUUACUUAUAUUAUGAAAAUAUUAAAUAUAUUUUAAAAGAAGCUUUUAUUGUGAAUCAAUUUAUAAAUUGA